GUGUCGCAGCAGCAGCUGCUCCUAGUGAUGUCUGUUGUAAAAGUACUGUGCACCGCCCUGGGAAACGCGACUGGACUCUUAACCGUGAUAGUCGUUGUCAUUGCAGUGGUUUUAAAGCACCUCGACGACCCUGAACCGGUUAAAUACACCAGCAUGGCUGAGGACAUGAAGACUCUGGAGGAAAACUUCAGGCAACAGAAUAAAAGCUGUUUCGUCCUCGGUGCCUCCGGGGAAACGGGCAGGUUGGUGCUUCAAGAGCUGCUGGAGCGCAACACCUUCUCCAAGAUAACGCUCAUCGGAAGGCGACAGCUCACCUUUGAGGGGAAAGCAUAUGAAAACCUGGUGCAAGAGGUGGUGGACUUUGAGAAACUUGAUGAUUACGCUGCUGCCUUCCAGGGCCACGAUGUUGGCUACUGCUGCUUGGGAACAACCAGAGCGAAAGCAGGGGCUGACGGAUUUGUUCGUGUUGAUCAUGACUAUGUUCUAAAAUCAGCAGAGCUUGCUAAAGCAGGAGGCUGCUCACAGUUCCACCUGGAGUCCUCCAGAGGAGCUGAUAAAAACAGUGGCUUCCUCUACCUCAAAGUCAAAGGACAAGUGGAAGCAGAGAUUGAGGCACUUGGAUUUGACAGAUAUGCCAUUUACAGACCUGGGGUUUUGUUGGUGGACAGGCAGGAGAGUCGGCCCACCGAGUGGAUGGCCAGGAAAUUCUUUAGUGCCUUGUCUGCUCUGGGUUCUACGUCUAUGUCCAUCCCGAUCCAAGCGGUGGCGAAGGCUAUGGUGUCGAACACUCUGCUUCAACCUGAGCAGAAGACGGAGAUCCUGGAGAACAAAGACAUCGACAGUCUGUCAAAGAAUGCAGGGAAAUAAGCGAGAAGGAGCAUGAAAUACACAGGAGGUUAUUUCAGCAGAUACACCAAGACAACUUACUACUACAACUCAUCAUAUCAACAUGCCAAAGUAAUUUCACAGUACAUGAAUAGUAACAUUCUUAAUUUUUCCAUGACUUUUGCAACUGUUAGAAAACUAAUGUUUUGUUUUUAUAUGAAAGUACUCCACUCUGGUGGAUCUGCUCGAUUCUUUAUGGUUAAAACAGCCUGUGAAGCUAGUAAAAUAUAAAAUCUUUAUAAAAAUUGUAUGUUGGCUUCUUUUCUUUGGUUUUCAAUGACAUAGUAAUAUUUUCAUUAAAGAAACAACUGUUCUGUUAUUGUUCUAUUCUCCAUUUGAAUCAACAUUGAAACACUGCCUCAAAGUGAAUCCUGAAGGGUUUUUUGUUUUUCUUCACAGAUUAAUAUAUUGAAUAUUGUUUUUGACAUGUUGUCACUUAAUUAUUAUAAAUGUUUGUAUGUAGGUGUGUUACAUCAGGGAAUUCUUUGCAUAACAUCUAAACAUAAAGAAUAUCUGGGGUCAAUAUCUGUGCCAUAUUGUGUAAUAUAUAUUGAAUGUAUUUUGCACUAUGCUUUAUAUUAUAAGUAAUACAAUUUAAAGUCCUUGUAAGGGGCAACCUUUGGAAGCAGCUCACCAGAUCAACAGAUACACACAGUUCAAAGAAAAGAAAUAAAACAUGUAAAGUGAGUAAAAACAAAACAAAACUUUAAAAAACUGUUCCAGAUAUAACAGAGAGACAGACACCAUCUAUUGAAAUGUUAUCUAUACAGUGAUACCACUAACAGACCAAUUUUGAAUAUACUGAUGAUAACAAACUUUGUGUCUAUGUUUUGAAACUAAAUGGUGGCCCUAUCAAUAAUAUUAUAGUUAGAGUUCUUAACUGCUAUACGAUCAAUCUUUUUGGUGUGUAAUUUUAAUGAUGAUUUCUUUAUUUUCUGUAAAGCCCUUUGGACUGCCUGUGGGUGAAAGAUGUACAAAUAAAUGCAGCAGCACC